GAAUUAAAUAAUAAAGAAAAAAUUACAGUAGAAUUUAUUUUUGUAACCGCCUUUUUAACACGUCAUGUGUCAAAAAUGACGUUCAAAUGUCAAAAAUGACGUUGUCAACGUUGAGGUUAUACAAGUACUAAAUAUUCAAAUUAUUUAACAAUUAACGCUUUAUUUACUCAAAAUACGAAAGUUCAAGACGCAUUUUUUUAUUCCGGAAUGAUUUUGAAGAGUGUUUGUGUCACAGAUUGGCAUUAUUUGUCAAAUGAACAUUGUACUACAGUCCUGGUCAAAGUUUAAGUAGCGAAUAAAACGUUUUUAACAUCUCCUGCUGUGUUCUCAUUUAGAAAAAAUGAAAAUCUUUAAUUACAACAACAUUGCAGCGUUCUUACACCAGUAUAAGAUUGAGACCAGGCCAAAUGCCGGUCCAGGGUUUUGGCUCAUGCUUUUACUACCCUCAGCUCUAAUUAUUUCAGUUGCCCAACAUCCAAUUAUCUCCACUUCCACUUACAAAUUAUCGUCAAUUUUUUCAUUGGGAUUAAUUCUAACGUCUUUCACAUUUAUCCACCAAAUAUCACGAACAAGACUGAAACUUUUAAACCUGUGGCUUGUAACAACUUGCCUUGUUGUGGCUUUUCUGUUUAAAAUUUGUCUUCACAGAGGAUGGCUAUUUUCAAUUUUUAGUGCCAUUGCAGCGACGUUUUUGUACCAAAAACUGUAUUUAUUUGUUUUACAAAAAUUGCCAAAAUGUUUCACUUUAGGCGAAGCUGCGGUUUGUACCCAAAGUUAUACUCUUUUGCUGUAUUUCACGUCAGUUAAUAUUUGGCAAUGGGUGAGAAAACCCGCCAAUAAUGUUGUGCAAAUGUCGACUCUCACAAUUCAGCUCGGCUUAUUUGCAAUAUCGGCAAUAAUUUUCAUUUCGUACAAAUUUAGAAUAACAAGCAGUUUUAAGUUCUACACUCUCACCGUAGGAAGUUUUAUUUUAAUCGUUUUAUUACCUUUGCAAUUUUUAAUGCGAAUAAAUCCGUUAUUGUGGAUUUUAAAUUUAAUCUGGGACGACGUUUUUGCGAAUAAAGUUGUCGUUUACUGGAUUUUUUUCAGUCUUGUUGCCAUUUUGGCCGUAAAUCUCCGAAUAAAAAAGGCCCAGAAAGCUUCAACUGCCGUACGAAAAAUCUUCCAUUUGUUAACUGUCGCAGUUUUCAUCCCCGGCCUUUUAUACAAUUGUUCUUUUCUCUAUUUAGCCAGUGGUGUUAUCCUUGGAAUUUUUUUCAUGUUGGAGGUUUUAAGGGUGUUAAACAUGCCACCCUUGGCCGAGGUUUUGCAAAACGGCCUUGUUGUGUUUUGUGAUGAAAAAGAUACCGGAAUAAUAGCUUUCACUCCUAUGUAUCUCCUAGCCGGGUGUGCUCUCCCUUUGUGGAUCCACCCAUCGCCUUGUGAUGUCACAAAUUCGGCGAUUUUCAAUUUGUUGCCUUUGAUGAGUGGUUUAUUGACGAUUGGGAUCGGUGAUACGGCUGCGAGUGUCGUUGGUUCGAAGUUUGGCAAAUUUCAUUGGCCGGGUUCCAGGAAGACUAUAGAAGGGACACUUGCGUGUAUUUUGAGCCAGCUUUUUUUCGUAUUUGCCUUCGUUUAUUUAGAUUAUGUAAAACUCGUAACUCCAGUACAAUACGUGAAGACUGUUUCCGCAAUAGUCAUUACCUCGAUUGUUGAGGCGAAAACCGAUCAAGUUGAUAAUUUAGUGCUGCCCUUUGUGAUGUAUUUAUUUUUUAUUCUGGUUUAGUUCUUUAUUGCAAUAAAGACAAUUUUUAUAA